UUGCUGAUGGAGGCAACGGAUGAAGCCAACCACUCUGUGGUGUCUGAGUUUGUGUUCCUGGGGCUCUCUACCUCCUGGGAGAUCCAGCUCCUCCUCUUCCUCUUUUCUUCAGUGUUCUAUGUGGCAAGCCUGAUGGGAAACCUCCUCAUUGUGCUAACUGUGACCUCUGACCCCCACUUACAGUCCCCCAUGUACUUCCUGCUGGCCAACCUUUCCAUUAUCGAUUUGAUAUUUUGCUCCUCCACAGCUCCUAAAAUGAUUUAUGACCUUUUCAGAAAGCACAAAACUAUCUCUUUUGGGGGCUGUGUAGUUCAAAUCUUCUUUAUCCAUGCAGUUGGGGGCACUGAGAUGGUGCUGCUCCUGGCCAUGGCCUUUGACCGAUAUGUUGCUAUAUGUAAGCCUCUCCACUACCUGACUGUCAUGAGUCCACGAAUGUGCAUUUUAAUUUUAGUCACUUCCUGGGUAAUUGGCCUCAUACACUCAGUAACUCAGUUGACUUUUGUUAUAGACUUGCCUUUCUGUGGCCCUAAUGAAUUAGACAGUUUUUUUUGUGACCUUCCUCGAUUUAUAAAACUUGCGUGCAUAGAGACCUACACACUGGAAUUCAUGGUUACUGCCAAUAGUGGACUUAUUUCUGUGGCCUCCUUUUUAACUCUGAUCAUCUCAUACAUCUUCAUUUUGGUGACUGUUCAGAAGAAUUCUUCAGGUGGCAUAUUCAAGGCCCUCUCUACUCUGUCAGCUCAUGUCACUGUGGUGGUUUUAUUCUUUGGGCCCUUAAUUUUUUUCUAUAUGUGGCCUUUUCCUACGUCACAUCUGGAU